ACAAUAAUGAAGAAUGUAGCUUUAGUAAAGAUAGUCUUGCAGAAGAUGAAAAUAAUACUACAGCUCAAUCUUCAUCUAUUAUCUUAUAUUUUUCUUUAUGUGAGACUUCUACAAAAUUAGCAAGCCCAAACUACAAGCAAAAAAAAAGACUAGUUAAAAGCUGA